AUGGAGCUAAAAGCUGAGCUACUUAAGUGUAUUUGGUAUGCGUUCACCUCCUUGGACACGGAGAAGAGUGGAAAGGUAUCCAAGUCCCAGCUAAAGGUCCUGUCACACAAUCUGUACAGUGUACUGAAGAUCCCUCAUGACCAGGCUGCGUUGGAUAAAGAUUUCAGUGAUGACGAUGAUGGUCCAGUGUCCAGCCAAGGCUAUAUGCCGUACCUCAACAAGUUCAUCCUGGACAAGGUUGUGAAGGGGACAUUCGUUAAGGAGGAAGUUGAUGAACUCUGCUGGACUCUUUCAUCAAAAAAAAACUACCAGCUCGACAGCAGCGGCACAAAUAUUUUAUCUGAUAAGGAUGCUUUCCGUCUCUGGUGUCUCUUCAAUUUCCUGACAGAGGACAAAUACCCUUUAGUUUUGGUUCCUGAGGAGGUGGAGUACCUACUGAAGAAGAUUUGCUCAUCAAUGAAUGUGGAACUGAACUGCGUGGAUUUAGAGGAGUUCCUCUCUCAGGACAGUGUUAAAAAGGAUGGGAUCUCUGUUUGGACAUUUCUACAACUGAUGAACUCUGGAAGUUUCACCAGGGGUAUUGAGCGGGACUCCAUCAGCAUGGCAAUAGAAGAAGUUUAUCAAGAAAUUGUGGGAAACACUCUUAAAGAGGGGUAUUUGUGGAAGAAGGGUCAUCUUCGCAGGAACUGGAAUGAGCGCUGGUUCUCACUCAAGCCCAACACACUGACCUACUACGUCAGUGAAGACCGCAAAGAGUGCAAAGGCAUCAUUGAACUGGACCAGAACUGCUGCGUGGAGGUACUCCCAGAGAAGGAAGGGAAGAGGUGCAUGUUUUGCCUGAAGACCCUGACUAAGACUUAUGAGAUGAGUGCUUCUGAUACCAAACAGAGACAGGAGUGGACAGCAGCUAUUCAGACAGCUAUCCGCUUGUGUGCCGAGGGGAAGGAAUCCUUACACAAAGAGCUGAAGCAGCGGCGUCGGGAGUUGCGAGAAGAGCGGGACAGGAGACGCAAGGCCAAAGAGGAGGAGCUGCAGCGACUGCGUGCCCUUCAAGGGGAGAGAGAGCAGCAGCUGGCUGAGUUGGAGCUCCUGAAGGAGGCGCAACGACAAGCCCAGGCUACUCUGGAGCAGGAGGAGCAGAAGAGACGCAGGCAGCACGAGGAGCUCCAGAGGGCCUUGGAGGAACAGCUGCAUGAUGCGGAGGAGGCCCGGGCCAGCAUGCAGGCAGAGAUGGUGCUGAAGGAGGCGGAGGCAGAGCGACAGAGGAGGAGGAUCAGAGAGCUGGAGGAGAUGCAGCUACACCUGGAGGAGGCCUUGCACCAGGAGAUCAAAGCUAGACAGGACGAGGAGGCCUGCCGCUAUGCUCAGGCUAGGCUACUGGCAGAGGAAGAGCAGAAAAUGAAGGCUUUGUUGACCCUUCAUGAGGAGCAGGAGGAGUUUAUCCGAAAGACCCAGAGAGAGAAGCAGGAGUUAAGGCAAGAGAUGGAGGGCAAGUCCCAGGCUUUAGAGGAGGCGCAGCAACAGCUAGACAAAGUCAGAGCCAGUAGACACCGAGUAGACCAAGACAUUGCGGCUGCCCAGAGGAAGCUGCGACAAGCUAGCACCAGUGUUAAACACUGGAACGUCCAGAUGAAUAGGCUGAUGCACCCAAUAGGGCCUGGAGAGAGAAGGUCUUCAUCCGGGAGCUGUCCUUUCCCUGCCGUUCGGGUUCCAUCACUUAGAGAUUCAGAAUCUCCUCCCCCACACACACACACACAGUCCCAGCACAGUGUCAGUGGGGGAAAGAGCAGCUCGGCAGCACGGCAACCAUUUGGGGAAAGGUCACAUCUGAUAGCUGAUACUCAGGAUGUCUUCAGACAAGACUAG